AUGCCGAACGAGUACAUGUGGGCUCUGACCUCGGGCGAGAUCCCCAGCCAACAUUACGCUCCCAGUGAGCCCAAAUAUGGAGGCCACGAGAGCAGACAGCAGUCUGCUCAAAUGCCUCGUAACUAUCAGUCAGAGUCCCACGCCUAUGGCCAAUACUCCAGUUCCCCCUCAUCAUCAUCAUACGGCGGCCAGGCUUCCCGCAGCGCUUCAUACACUCACCAGCCCGGCCCUGACGCCUCCUUCUACACACAACAACAACAGCAGCAGCAACCGCAACAGCAACCACAAUACGGCAGCCGCACCUCCUCCUCUUACUCCAGCUCCGGCCACGGCGCCCGCAGCAAUGGUGGGGACAGCGACCUCAUCGAGCAGUCCGUCAGCAUGCAGGACCUGAUCCGCGAGAACUUCGGCGGCCAGGGCGGCGGCUCUUCAUCGUCCGUCCAGCUCUCUCCUGCCUUGCUCGAGCACCUCCAGCAAGUCUCCCCCAAGAGCAGGGACAGCAAGCUCUACUUCCUCGAGCCCCGGACCGGCGGCGGCAGCUCCAUCUCCGGCAUGAUAUACCCGUCCAGCGAUCUGGCUCUGGUCAACCAGCUCGCAGUCAAGCACCACCGUCACGCCUGCAUGCGGAAGCUCGGCGGCGGCGGUCCCGAGCAGAGCGACAAGGUCCUUCGUGGUACCGAGUGGAGUCUGUUGGACGAGGAGCGUCUCGAGUUGGUGACCCACUUGACUACUGGCGGUGGUCAGAAGAUGACCAUCAGCACGACCGUUCAGGAGCUUUCUUUGUUCCGUCGCAAGUAG